GAGUUGUUUUCCAGCUCCCACGGGCUGGUAGCGAGGUGGCCACGCAGGGCACACACCCCUCCCUGGCCAGCAUGCAGCACCUCACCUCUGCCACCUGGGCUGCCCUGCUCCUCAGCCUGGCCUGCGCCUCUGUCCACCGGGCUUGCUGGGCAGAAGCAAGCAGCAGCAACAGCUCAACCUUGACUGGCCACCACCCAGACGCUGGGACACCAGAGGAAUGCCCCAACGUCGACUUCUGCCCGCGCGCAGCCCGGUGUUGCCACGCUGGAGUGGAUGAGCACGGCUGGAUCGCGGCGGCUGUGGGUUGGAGUCUCUGGUUUCUCACCCUCAUCCUGCUCUGUGUGGACAAACUCAUGAAGCUAACUCCAGACGAGCCCAAGGACUUGGCCGUGUGAGACUGAGACUCCCGGCCCAGGAACGGGUUCGCCACCAAUGCCUGGAUAGCGGGUAGGGGACUAGUGCUAAGGUGGCUUCUCUGAUCUCAAAGUCAUUUUCGCCUUGAAACUGCAGUUACUUUUAAAAGGGAAGGAAGAAGGAAAGAGAGAUCCAAAUAAGGCCAGUUCCGCCUCCACACCUAACUCUGAAGGCGGCAAGGUCUUCUCUGAUAAACUCCUCUCUCAAGACAGGCGCCGGGUCAGCUGCUGACUUCUCACCACACUGUUCUUCCGGAAGCCAAGGCAGGCGUCCAGGAAACAUAAGAUUUUGUCUUUAGCUAGGGCAUUCAAAAUCGAGCUCAAAACCUCCUCACUAAAAACAGGUUGUUGGCUCCCUUGUUGUACCUAAAUCCAGGGCUUAACUGUCAUUUUAAAAUGUGGGAUCCUCCUUGACACAUCCCCUCUCCCCCAAGUCCGGCCGCUACUCCUGUCCCUGCCUUUUCCCCUAGGCUGGGUGGGGAGUCUUCACUCUGUCCUCAUGCCUUUGGAUCCCCCACAGCUCGCCACUCCCAGAGGGCAGCUACGGAGUAGCUGUCACCUCCCUGCUGUCCCUGUCUUUGGCUCCUCAGGAUUCCAACUUCUCAGCCUGGCCCGCAGCUCUUUUUAGAAGUCCCUCUGUCAGUCCCUCAAGAGCCCUCUCCCAGCACAUCGGACAGUGAGGGCUCGGACUGCCCACUCCCUUUCUAGUAUCUUCAGCUUCUCUGCUGCUACUUUCUCUGCUGGGACAGCUGCCCUCCUACUCCACCCCAGGAAUGAAGGCCCUUCCUGCAGGAUCGGUCUGGAGCCUUCCCUGUGUGUCUUGGGGACCUGGAGCUGGUGCUUUAGGGCACCUCUGCUGUGCCCUGAGGUGCAGCCACCAGGAAUAGGCCUCUUCCCAAUCAUGUCUGUCCUCCUACCCCGGGGGCAAAGUAAGCCAUUGGCAUGUGUUCGGUAAGUGAACGGGUGAGUGAAGAAUGAAUGAGAGGGUCCCUGCCCUGGAUGACUGAUGAUGACUGUCACCCUGCAUUAGGAACCUCCAUGUUUCUCCACAUGGUUGACAUAACCAACUUCUGAAGAAGCCAGUGGUUUAGUUCCUACUCUCUCAGCAAAUUAUAUCCAUUACCCCUCAGCACAGAGAGGUGAACUGAUCCAGUGGAGGAGGGGACGGUGGGUUUAUCAGACUCUUUAUGAAACAGUUUCUGCCCUCUGUAAGAAAACAUUUAUUGGAUAAACUCUAAAUAAUCACAAUACAAAAAAGAAAAAUGAGAGAUCUCCCAUAUUGGAAAGACACAUUUUCUCAAAGAGGCAAAUGAUUCAAGGCUAUUCAAAUCCCCUUUCAGAAAAAUCCAAGUAAAUUUCUCUGACAAGAGGAACAAAAGGGAUCACCCGAGUCCUCUCAUAGUCUCCCAAGAUAACUUCCAAAUCUCAGAUGUUUAAUCAGUCCAAUGCGAUGGAUUUCUGGUUCCUAAGUGUUAAAUGAUCAUGUGUACAGAAGUGUUAUAAUCAUGCCUGACACAUUUUGUGACAUCAGUAUGAGUUCCAUUUGUAAAUUUAAGGAAAGAGUUCCCAAAAUGAUGAUUUCUUUCCCAAGAGAUGUAAAGGUUCAUUAAGAAACAUACUUUGAUUUAAUGUCUGCAAACAUUUUCAAAAUAUAACAGCACAUGACACAGUGUUAAGGGUACUAGCUAAGAAGAGGGAAAUUAAGAUUUAUUUCUGGCCAGUGUGAACAGAAAUAAGUCCCUUUAUGCCACUGACACCCAUGUGCUAAGGAGGAAAUGUAACAAGGGGACCAAAUCAGGGGUUUUGAGCUCAGUUGUAAAGCUUGUGGAGCAAUUUGAGUACUGUCGCGGAAGGGUCGGGCCUGAGGUCUGUCAUCCUUUCAACCUGAGCAGGGUGGCUCUUGUUUCCUGUAUCAGACCUCCUGGUAAGAUUUCAUCUGCUGCUCUAAUAAGCGAACAGUCAGUUGCACCUAGUGUCUGAGAUCCCCCCAGUCUGGAGAGACCUGGAGAUUUUUGAAGUGAGUGUGCGUUGCCUCUGCCGUGUCACAUUCAAACGCAGGCAUUUUGUGCACUGCUUUUUCUUUCAUUGGCACAAGCGGAAAGAUAAACUAGAUUUAAAUAGCUGCUCUUUUCUUUGAAACCCCAAGAAAGAAAGACAGAGAAUUUGGGGGUUCUACUUCCCAGAUGCUCCUUCUCAGCAGGGAAUCUCGUAGUAAUAGCAAAGCAAGGACCUGUCAAUAAAGCAAAGAAAAUCCAGCCUGGGCAAUGUUGCUAAGUGGUUAGAGCACUGGCCUU